AUGAACAGAAAAGUGGGCUUCAAAGGAAGAAAUGCGUCCCCUAUAGCGAACAUUGAAGCAUUAGCAUGCGCAAUUUAUGGACCACCUCAUAAUGCUCGUCGCUCUCGAGCUGAAUUCUGCAUAAAAGUUGGCGCAGACAGUUCCAAUAUAACUGUCCCCACUUCGAACGGUGACAUUCGCCUGGUGAAAGAAAAUGCCGCUCCGGUGUACUACAAACCUAAAGGAGAAGGAAAAGCUGGUUUCGACUUAGUGCCUUGGAAAGAUGGCGAAAAAAUUGCAAACUAUGUGCUAUUCGAAGCGUCUAUGGCUAAAGUGAAGGUGCCUUGGAAGGAUUACAAUGCUCUCACAAGCGACGAACGGACAAUAUGUAUGGCGCAUCUGAAAGCAGUUGAACAGCGAAAGUUAACCUACAAGGAUCCGUUUACUGGUUAUGUUGUGUUUACCGUAUGCCAUCAUUUGUACAGAGGAAAUUGUUGUGGUAGCGGAUGCCGACAUUGUCCUUAUAAGCAUGAAAAUGCUCCAGAUAGUGUUAAAAAUUAUGAGCUGUCCAAGCAUCGCACUCGUCCACCAUCUACGGGGAUUCAUCGACGAACCCGAUGUAACGUAGUGGACAACUCGGCGUUAGGCAAAGAAGCACAUAUAUCCGGAAAGCGAGCGUAUUGUAUCGACGUCUAUAAGCAAGGUCGUCGGAAAAGACAUCUCCCUCACGCAACACUGGGAGAUAAAAUCCUUGUCGCAAUACGUGGACAAAUGCGAAAAGCAUACGUUGUCGGUGCAAAUACUCACGUUCACUAUCGCAAGCAUGGAAUCCCUGUCACCGACACGAACAAUAUCGUUUUGCUGGACGAGGAAGGUAACCCACUUGGAAAUCGAAUAAUGGUACCGAUUCCGGCGAAACUUCUGGAGAACAAACACAAGGCGCAAUUCGCUAAGGUCCUUGCUCUUGCAAAAAAAUUCAUAUGA